AUGGAGAAUUUCUCUAAAAAAUUUUUCCCUUCUUUAUAUAAAAGAAAUAAAGGUAAUGAAAACCAAUUGAAUAACAAUAAUAAUAAUAUAUCAAAUGAUAUCGAAGAAAAUUAUAAUACAAAUGAAAAAUAUAAUUUGCCACGUCAAGGAAUUGGGACAACAGAAUUAGUAAGUACAGAUGCUUCUGAGUUUCAAAAAAAUAAUCAAGAUGUUAAUGAACAUAGUUUGAUUGAUUUGUCGGAUAAUUGCAAAAUGGAAAAACAUAUGGCUACUUUGGAAAAUUUGAAAAGCAAAAAUAGAGAAAAUAAAGAAAAUAACAAUAAUGGGGAUAUUAACAAAGAUUUAUCUAAAAGCGAUAUAAAAAGUGGUGAUCACUUAAUUAACGACUCUAAAUAUCGAAAAGAUAAAAUUUCCGAAGUAAAUUUAAAAUAUGAUGAAAAAGAAGCAGAAGAAAACGAUAAACAAAACUUGAAUUUUCGUGAUAAAAAUAAAAAAGAUACAGAAUCACAACGCAAUCAAGAAAACAAAAAAAAUAAUAUCAAUGAAGGUAAAUAUGAUGAAGGAUAUGAACAAAUGGAGAAUGAAAAAAAAAAAAUAAAUAAGGAAAAAAUAAAAAAUAUGGAUAAAGAUACAAAUGAUGAUAAUUCAAAAACUUGUAUUAUGGAUGACAGAAAUAUUAGCAUAAAUGGGGAAUGUAUUGAGAAUAUGAAUAAUUCAAAAAAUAACAAUAUUAGAAAAACACCCAAAAAAAUAAAAAUGAAAAAAAUUGAAAUAAAUCAAAAUAAAAAAGAAAUAGGUUUCACUAAACAAGAUGAAAUAUAUCAAAUAAAAGAAAUCAAAAAAGAAAAUGACACAAAUACCUAUAGCCCAAUAAAUAACGAUAUAAACAAUAGCAUUAUUCUAAAUGCAAAUGAUAAAAUAAUAAGAAAUGAAAAUAACAUAGGAAAUAAAUCUGUUAAUAUUUCUAUAAAUACAAAAAAUAAAAACAUAAUUUUCAACAAUAAUAAUAAUGAUAAUACAAAUAUUCAAUUAAUUCAAAAUAAACAUAAUUUGACAUAUUAUUAUUCAGGAAAUAAUAAUCAGAACUCCUAUAUGACGGAAAUUAAUAAUUCUAAAAAACAUUUUAGUGAAUUUGAAAGUAAUACAUAUAAAUUAUGUAACGCUACUAUUGAUACAAAUGAAUGUAAUAAUGCCAAAAUAAAACUUCAAACUAUAUAUCCAUCUAAUAAUAUAAAUAAAAAUUUAGCGAAUGAUAAUAUGCUAAAACAUGAAGGAAUAAAAGAAACAUUUAUUAGUAAUAUAAAUUAUAAUAAUUUUCCAAAUCACACAAAUAUAAAUAUUAUAGAUACUAUUGAAAAUACUCCAACCAUUUUAACAACAGAUAACAAUAAUCAUAAUUAUAAUCAAAACUAUUAUACAAAUAUGUUUAAUGAUUUAAAUUAUGUAUCAAGAUUAAAUAAUAACUAUAUAUCGCAAAAUAGUAAUGAUGAAAAUUUAUUAAAUGAACCAGAUUCUUAUAAUAAUUUCCCUUUCAUGAAUACAAAAAUAAGAAGUUUAGGAAAUAAUGCAUUAUCAAAUGGGCACAUAAAUAAUAAUAUUAAAAACCGAUAUAAUUGCAUUACUGAUAAUAAUAGUAACAAUAGCAGCAAUAGUAAUAGUAAAAAUAGUGCGAACAUUAUGAAUGAAUUUUUUGUAUAUAAUAAUAUAAAUAAUGUAUAUAAAGAGCCAGUUUCAAAUAAUAACAAUAUUUCGAAUGCUAAUACUUCACAUUACUCUGGUCAGAAUUUUGAACAUUUUUCAAUGGGAAUGAAUUUAGAUGAAAACAAUAUGCAUGCAUCUGGUGCUUUAGCUAACUCUUAUACAUAUGUGAAUCCAUUUAAUGGUGAUAAUGUAUUUACUUGUAAAAAUAUGGAUAAUUUUAUUAAUUCUAACAUCUCGAUGUUUAAUGGAAAUAUAACUGAUAACAUGUCAACAAACAUAUAUAUGAAUCAAACCAACUUAAAUUUUUCCCAUUUUAAUGAAAAAGAAAUAAACUCAAAUCAACAAGCAAAUGAUGAUUUUAUAAAUGAUAUAAAUUAUAAUGAUUAUGAUAUAUAUUCUGUAUCAUCAAAUUAUACUCAAAAUAAUAAUUCUUAUUCUAUUCAUGGAAUAAAUAAUAUUUCAAACAAUUCAAGGAAAUCAUUUUUUCCUAACUAUAAUGGAAAUUUUAACAAUGAUCGAAAUUCAUUUUUAAAUAAAAACACAACUACUAAUUUUGUUUUUAAUAAUAUAAAAAGAAAUGAUAAUAUAAAUGAUAUUUUUGAUGAAAAAAAUAAACUUUUAGAUGUUUUAAAUUCAGCAAAAUCAAGUAUUAUUAUAGAAAAUGAUAUAAUCAAUAAUAAUGAGUUUACCUCUUCAUUUGAAAAAUCAAAUCAUGGCAUAGAAAUCAAUGAAAAUAAUUCAGAAAAAACAAAAUCAGGAUUUAUAUUUGAUAAGAAAAAAGAUCAUUCCAAAAAAAAGACAUGUACAGUUAAGAUUAAAAAGGUUAAUGCGGUAAAUUUGGGGGGGCAAUAUGGGCUUAGUUCAAAUGGGGAAACUUCAAAAGAUGGAAAAAGUGAAAAAAACGAAAAAGAUGGCGAAAGAGAUUGCAACAAAACGAAUAAAGCUAACAUUUUCGACGUUGCUAAAAAGAAAAAAUAUAUUGCUGAAAUAAUUCGAUGUGAAUUAAUAUGGGGCCCAUCAAAAAAUAAAGAACCCAUAACUCCAGUAGAAAAUUGUGAGUUACAUCCAGUAGUUAUUAUAAAAGAUGAGCUAGGAAAUUUAUAUGAUGAUGAUGAAAUUAAUGAAAAUAAUCCAAUUGGAAAAACAGUUAAUAUAUUUUACAGAUGGAGUAGAGGUCCACCAAGAACAGUAUGUUUUUUUCAUUCUCAAAAAAUAGCGCAUAUACAAUGUACAUUAACAUUUCGUUGUUUUUGCUCAUAUAAUUGUUUUAUGAAAGGAUUUGAACAUGUACAUAAAUAUUACAAAAGUAAUGGUUCUAUAAAUAUACCAUCUCAUUUUAAUUUACACACAUAUGGGGUGUCAUGUUCUUCAUUUAAUUGGGAAAAUUAUGAUGAAAAUAUAGAAUUUGAUGAAAUUCAUUAUAAGGGUCUUAUUAAUUCAGGUUUAAUAAAUAUAUCUGGAAAAGAAACUUGGAAAGUUAUUCACAAUGAACGGAAUUAUAUUCCUUGUAUAAAAGAUGUUGGGCAUCAAAUAAUGUUAGAAACGAUGAUUCUUGACAAAAGGGGUAUUACAUCUAGUUCUAAAAGUAAUUCUUCAGAUAGUUGUGAAGAUAACGAUUUAGAAAAUUCUGAUCAAGAAAAAUCAUAUACAAAAUUCAAUAUUGAUAAACAUAAAAUACAUGAAAAUUUUGAUACAAAAUUUGUUCAAAAUCCCAAAACUCAAAUAUGUACCAAUCAAAGUAAUGAAAUUGAAAAUAUACAAAAUAAUGAUAACAAAAAAUUAAACAAUUUUAAAACAAAUUUUAUAGAUAAUUUUAACAUUAUAAAAGAACAAACCAAUAUAGAUAAGGAAAAUCAAACUAGCAUUUCUCAAAAUAAUAUAACACAAAUUAAUAAGAUAUAUGAAACAAAUAAUACUGAUCCUAAUAUUUCAAAUGUUGAUGAUUUUCAAGUUAGUAGUACACUUGAUACUAUUGAAGCUACUAUAGCGGAACCAUAUUCUUCAACUCGUUUUUCUAUUCCUUUGAUGUGUAUAAAUGAAUCAAAAAAAAACAAACUAAGAAAUAUAAAUUCAGAUGAAAUUAUAGAACCAAAGUUUAGUGAAAAGGAAGGUAUUGAAGAAAAAAUAUUAGAUUCUGAUGAAAAUAAAACACUAGGUUUAACUACACAAAAUGAACUAACCAAUAAAAAUAAGAAAGAUCAAAUUAUGAACAAAAAAAAAAAAAAAGGAACAAAUAAAAAAAUUUAUGUACUAGAUGAUAAAGUAUGGGAUAGUAUAAAUGAUCCAAAUAUAUAUCACAAAAUAAUAACUGGAUGUUGCAUACCUAAUAUUCAAAUAAUGCAAAAUAACAAUAAUGUAACAUCUUUUAAAACUUUAAAUUCGUCAAACACUUCUGAUAAUCAGUUUACAGUUAUGACUUGGAACAUAUUAGCUGAAAUUUAUGGAACUUCUGAAGCAUUUGCUCAUUGUGAUCCAUAUAUGCUUUCAUGGUCUUAUAGAAAGACAAAAAUUAUUCAAGAAAUUCUUAAUUAUCGUCCAGACAUUAUAUGCUUGCAGGAAAUACAAAACGAGCAUUUCCUCGAAUUUUUCAAACCGUGUCUGAGUCAGUACGAAUAUCAAGGUGUUUAUAAACAAAAAACAAAAGAAAUUUUCACAUCCCCUUCUGGGAAACAUAAAGGGGGUAAAUAUACUAUAGAUGGGUGUGCAAUAUUUUUUAACAAGAAAAAAUUCAAAUUUGUUGAAAUAUAUGCAUUAGAAUUUAGUAAGCUAAUAAAAGAAGGAUCAGUAAUUUCACUUCCAAAAGAAGUUCAAAAAAAUCCAGCAUUGUCAAAAGGAUUAUUAAAAGAUAAUAUAGCAUUGGUAUUAUUACUUGAACAUGUGGAAAAUAACAAAAUAUAUGACUCUGAAAAAUGGGAAAAAAAUAAUAAUCCACGUUUUGAAAAUAGAAAAAAUAAGAAAAAAGUGGUAAUAGUAGCAAACACACACAUCAUUGCCAAUCCAGAAGCAACAUAUGUCAAAAUAUGGCAAACACAAAUAUUAGUAAAAGUUAUAGAAUAUUUAAAAAUAAAUUUUAUACAAAAAUAUGAAAUUAUUCCAAGUAUUAUUAUAUGUGGAGAUUUUAAUAGUACCCCAAACAGUGCAGUAUAUCAAUUAUUAUAUAAAAAAAAAUGUUUUCCAACUCACCACGAUAUAAACUCAGAUGAACAUGGAUUAUUAGAAUAUCUUCCUAUGUCACAUAAUUUAAAUCUUAAAUCUGCAUAUGCUAUUUCAAAUUUUUUAUCACAAACAAUAAAUACAGAAGAAUCUAUAAAUAAUAUUAUUAUUAACAAUACAAUUGAUUUGGAUAAAUUUGAACCCCCAUUUACAAAUUAUACUUCUAAUUUUAUAGGAUGUUUAGAUUAUAUUUUUUAUAAUGAUGAAGAUUUAAAUAUUAUUUCGACUGUAAAUAUACCAGAUGAAAAUCAACUAAUACAAGAAUCUCAAAUAUAUCAUUUAUCUAGUUCUGCAUUACCAAGCCCAAUAAGAUCAUCUGAUCAUUUCCCAUUAAUUGCAAAAUUUGAAUUUAAAUUUUUCUAA